GUGGGUUAUCUAUGGAGCCCACAAUAAAUUGGAAAAAUUCCUGGAACUUUUUCUUCUGUUCAUAAGCCAAGGACUGGUCCAGUCUGUUCCGUGCAGAGGGAUUUCAUGGAAAUGACUUGUCGUAUCUGAAACUAGAAAGUGACAGAAGAACUCUUCCAGACCUGCAUUAUAUGGAAAAUGAUGACAUUACUACAUCUGCCUUGGAAUUAGAGUGGGACAUGGAGACAGAGUUAGAGGAACUUGGAACAGAGCAAUUACAAUCUGAUGGUUUCAUUCCCUGCCAUGAAAAAAACAGUACUGCAAUGCGAUCACACACAGUUGCCUCCAAUCAACUGUCCAUUUCACCCAAGGGACGUUUUCAAAGAUUAGAGGAAGAACCAGAAUACUUUUCACAUUACACAGAAUCAAAACCAAAGACCUCCCAGCAAUUUUGCACAAUUGUUAAAACAUUUUCUAUAUUUAUGUUUACAUUUCUUAUCGGAAUUUUAAUAGGAUAUUUUUCAAAAGGAAAUCCAACUUCCAGUAGUUGUAUAUCAUCAGAUGAACCUGAUUCCUCAGACGACAUUACUAUCAUUAAUGAGAUAGUGAAGGACAUCACCAAAGAAAAUAUAGAGCAAUAUUACAGAUAUUUCACACAGAUUUCUGUCAAUAAAACUAGCUCAAACCCGGCAGAAAAUAUUGCACUUCUAUGGACUUCAAUAGGCUUAAAAGAAGUUCAGUUACUAAAUUAUUCAGUCCUACUUGACCUACCAGGCUCCUCUCCAAAUACAAUCACUCUCAACAAUGGCCAGUGUUAUUAUCCAAGCGGACAGCAAUGUGAUGAAGAGACCAAAAGUCAGGAAUAUCUGUACACAUAUGCUGCCUACUCUGCCAAUGGAAAUCUGGAGGGUGAAGUUAUAGAUGUGCAAUAUGGAACAGUGGAAGAUCUAACUAGAGUGACACAGAUAAAGCAUAUCUCCAAAACAUCUAUUGCUUUAUUAAAACUAGGAUUUUUGCCAUUAUUAUACAAGCUUUCAUUACUGGAAGAAAUUGGAUUUGGAGGAGUGCUUGUUUACAUUGAUCCAUGUGAUGUUCCUGAGACUGAAAACCUCAAGGACAAAGAAUUUAUGGUUUCUUUAAAAAGUGGAGGAUUCCUAUCUACAAAGGAGUCUUCUAAUUAUAAUGGAAACUCCUGGGAAAUGAAACCUAAUGUGACAUCAUUGUUGGUGCAGCCAGUAACUAUAUCCCUUCUGAGAAGAUUAUUCACUUGGACAGAGAAUACAAUGACAGAUCAGUGUCUUCCUAUUAAAGUCCCUGAAAAAGAUCAAUUAACAAUCACACUGAAUAUUAGAUCCACACAGGAAUACAAAGAUGUAUCCAAUUCUAUUGGAUUUCUCAGGGGAUUACGUCUUCCUGACAGGUACAUCAUACUCGGUAGUCCUCACGCUGAUGUGUAUGGAAGAAGCCCUCAGAAUUGGGUCAGUGGUGCAGCCACUAUGGCUUCUAUUAUCAGCUCCAUAGUAUCAAAGGUGAAGACUGGAUGGCGACCCCACAGAACAAUUGUAUUCUGCUCGUGGGGAGGAAAUCCAUAUGGAAACUUUGGUUCUUAUAAAUGGGGAAAGGAUCUUCAGAGAAUACUUGCUGGCAAUGCAGUUGCAUAUAUUGGUCUGCAAAAUCCAGUUUGUGGCAAUGGCAGUCUUCGUUCAAUCUCAUCCCCAUCUCUACAGCAAUUGGCAACAGAGUUAGCAAAAAAGAUGCAAAUAAACUGUACUCGAAAGGAAGGCUGCUACAAGGCCAAUGUCAGCUCUAUACAAACACAAGGAAAUGCUGAUUUUUUUAUCAACCAACUUGGAAUCCCAGGUGCACAGUUUGCUUUUGAAGAUAAAAGAGCCAAGAUCUCGCACAUCUUCCCAGAAGUAUUGCUCAAUAAUAAGGAAACUUUCAACCAGCUCACUGAUACUUACUUCUAUCUUCACGAGUAUAUUGCAAAGUUGACCACAGAAAUGGUUUUGCGAAUAGCAAGUGAUCCAGUUUUACCCUUUAAUGCACUGGAUAUAGCACUGGAAAUUCAGAAGCAAAUUGAAGGUCAUGAUGUUUCUACUGAUAUAAUAGAAAUGGCAAAGCAUUUAAGAGAAACUGUACAAUGGUUCCAGUCUAAUGAAAUGAGACCAGCGAAUGACCCCAACGAAAGAGUUCCCAUUAGAGUGAGAAUGUUAAAUGAUGUUCUACAAAAUAUGGAAAAGAACUUCCUGAUCAGUAACUCUCCUCCUGGAUUUUUCAGAAACCUUUUGUACAGAUUGGAUGAAACAUCAAGUCGGAUUUCAAUACUUCAAGAAGCACAAGAGCAUUGCAGGAUUACAAAGUCAAAUGAAACCCUUAUGACAGCUUUGCAAGAGGUGUUGAACAGCAUUAGCUCUGCUGAGUUGUAUUUCAAAGAAGGUCUACACCUGUUUGACAGUGACUUAGAAGAAAAAGAGUAAAUGGUUAAGUCUAUAGCCACAUAAAUAUUGUCCCAAAUAAAUUCAGUAAAGGUCAUAUUUAAUGAACUGGUAACACUAUAUCUAAAUCUAUAUGAGGCUACACAAACGGUGAACCCACGCAGAGUUACUAUCUUAAUAUAAGUUUCUGCACACAGGUGAUUGUUAUUUCUUUCAAUGUGAUGAAAUGGAGUUUGAAUUUCAUUAAAAAUUGGACAAGUUUUCUUUUCUUCCCUGACGACUUGUGAAGCAAUUGUGUAGGUGUUAUAAUCUAAAAGUCAACCCUACAGACUGGGAUUUGCUUGCAUUGGUUUCUAUUGUAAUUUAUUCUUCUGAUGAGAUAUUUGAUAAAAAUAAAAAAAAAGUGAAGGAAAUGAUUGAAAAACAACUGAUAUUUUCUUAACUGAAGUCUUCCAUAUUACUUAAUUUCCAGCUGAUUUCUUGGUGGGAUCUGUUUGUAUAUGGCCUAAAAAACGUUUAUAGAAAAAGGAUACACAGAUUAAUAAUUUUCUGUUCUAUUGUUUUUUCUGUUAUUUAUUUUAAAGGGAAACUAAUUCUUUUUGCGGUUUACUGGAGUGUGUGCAAACCCAAAAUUCUGUCACAAAAUGAAUAAUGGGCAGGGCUUAGUUAAUAGGUCAAUUAUUAAUAUUUAAUCUAUAAUUAGAGAUACAAGCAGAGCCUUUUACAUUUUACUUAAAAAAAGCUCCAUCCUUCAAAAUAAACAUUCAAAUAAUAUUAAAUAACAGUAAAUGAUACACUUAAUUCCU